AGGUUCGCAUCCUACAAGGACCUUAGGAAGGACCCGGAGGAAUUUUCCGAAGAAGAUAGGACCUGGAGAUCGGGCCCCGCGAAACGGAUUCCAAGAUGGCGGCGACGCGGGUCUGAUUAGCGCCUACGAGAUGUACACCGAGUGGCAAAAGGGCGAGCUGGUGUGGUUCGACCCUGGAGUCGGCCAUGUCCUGCCAGGGGAGGUCCUGGAGUUCCACCGAGCCGCCAACGUCCUCUCCGUCCAGGCCGUCAUCGCCGGCAAGCCCCAAGUCUUCACCCUGACGAACCUGAGCGGAGUGAGGCCGAGGCAAGACCUCGGUCAAAAUGGCGUGGAAGACAUGAUCCAAUUAUCGGACCUAAACGAGGCGUCGCUCCUGUGGAACCUGAAGAUCCGCUACGACAAGGAGCUGAUAUACACCUACACGGGGAGCAUCCUCGUGGCCGUCAACCCCUACAAGAUGUUCGACAUCUACGGCCUGGACCAGGUGAAGCUGUACGAGGGUCGGAUCCUGGGCACCCUGCCACCGCACCUCUUCGCCGUGGGGUCUUCCGCCUACAGUCAGGUGUCGGCGGCGAACAACGCGAGCGCGAACCAGGUCGUGGUGAUCUCAGGUGAAUCCGGAUCGGGCAAAACCGAAUCUACGAAGCUGGUGAUGCAGUAUUUGGCAGCUGUCAACAGGGCACCCAGUAACCUGGUGACAGAGCAGAUCCUGGAAGCUGCGCCGUUGCUGGAGAGCUUCGGCAACGCGAAGACCCCCCGCAACGACAACAGCAGCCGCUUCGGGAAGUACCUGGAGGUGCACUUCAGGGACGGGGUGAUCGUCGGAGGGAGAGUGACCCAGUACCUCCUGGAGAAGAGCAGAAUCGUGACGCAGGCCUCGGAAGAAAGGAACUACCACGUCUUCUACGAGUUGCUGGCGGGCCUGGACCAGCAACUGCGGGACAAAUAUGGCCUGCUCACCCCUGACAAGUACUUCUACCUGAACCAGGGCGGGAGCUGCGAGAUCGACGGCAAGAACGACACGCAGGACUUCAAGGCCCUGCUGUCGGCCAUGCAGGUCCUGGGCUUCACCUCGGAGGAGCAGGACACUAUUUUCAAGAUCCUGGCCAGCGUGUUGCACCUGGGGAACGUGUAUUUCCACAGGAAGCAGAUGAGACACGGCCAAGAAGGGGUGGAGGUGGGCUCGGAUGCUGAGAUCCGCUGGGCGGCUCAUCUUCUCCAAGUCAACGCCGAUGGGAUCAUCAGGGCCCUGACCACCAAAACGACCGAGGCCAGGAACGAGAGGGUGCUGACGGCGCUCAACAUCGACCAAGCCCUCGACGCCAGGGACGCUUUCGCAAAAGCUCUCUACAGUUCUCUCUUCUCCUGGCUGGUCGCUCGGGUCAACCACAUUGUUUAUAAAGGGACCAAGCAAAUAGCCGCCAUCUCUAUCCUCGAUAUCUUCGGCUACGAAAACUUCGCCGAGAACAGCUUCGAGCAGCUCUGCAUCAACUACGCCAACGAGAACCUGCACUUCUACUUCAACAAGCACAUCUUCAAGCUGGAACAGCAGGAGUACGCCAAGGAGAAGAUCGACUGGACGACCGUUAACUAUACGGACAAUUUACCGGUGAUCCACCUGAUCGCUAAGAAGCCGGUGGGGGUCCUCCACCUUCUCGACGACGAGAGCAACUUCCCCAAAGGGACUGACCUCUCCUUCCUCGAGAAGUGCCACUACAAUCACGCCCUAAGUGAACUGUACUCCAGGCCCAGGAUGAAUUCCGCGGAAUUCGCGAUCAGACAUUACGCAGGGUUGGUCUGGUACAACGUGGAGGGUUUCCUGGACAAGAACCGCGACACCCUUAGGCCGGACGUGGUGGAGCUGCUGAUCAGCAGCAAGAUCACGAUGGUCAGCAAGAUGUUCCAGCACGUCAGGAUGACCCACGAGGCGAACAAGACGAUGAACAAGCCCAACGGGAGAUUCGUUACCAUGAAGCCGAGGACCCCGACGGUGGCAGCAAGGUUCCACGACAGUCUUCAGCAGCUCCUGGACUCCAUGACUCAGUGCAACCCUUGGUUCGUCCGUUGUAUCAAGCCGAACUCGGAGAAGGCGCCGAUGAAGUUCGACAUGCCGUGCGUGUUGGAGCAGCUGAGGUACACGGGGAUGCUGGAGACCAUCAGGAUCAGGAAGACGGGAUACCCGGUGAGGUUGUUGUUCGGGCACUUCGUGGACAGGUACAGAUACCUGGUGCCGAAUCGGCUGCCGAGGGGGGCGCCGAACAAGGAGCUAUGUCGAAUAAUCCUAGACAAGGCCGUGCCUCCCGAGGCGCACUCGCAGUAUCAGCUGGGCCUCACCAGGGUCUUCCUCAGGGAGUCGUUGGAAAGGACCCUGGAGUACAACCGGGCGCUGAUCCUGGAAAGAGCCGCGAUCACCGUGCAAAGGUUCACGAGAGGGUUCCUGACGAGGAGGAGGUUCCUCAGCAUCAGUCGCAGCACCGUGCUCCUGCAGGCGGUCUUUAGGGGCUACCGGGAGAGGCAGAAGUUCCUGAAGCUGAGGAGGGCCGCUCUGAUGGGGCAGAAGUUGUACCGAGGUAGGAAGCAGAGGGAGAAGUUCAGGGUCCUGAAGGAGGAGAUCGCGAAAAGGGCGGAACUGGAGAAGGCCAGCAGGGAGAGGGCGAAGGCCAAGCAACAGAGGGAGGAGCAAGAAAGGGCAUCCAGGGCUGUCGCAGGUGUCAAUCACCUGGAGAUCCCUGCGGAGCUCGCCUUCAUCUACAGCAAGCUCGACGAUUGGCAGCCCACGCACACGGAGAGGAACCUCCUCAAGGUGGUGGGGCCGGUGGUACCGAUGCCCAGAAAUUAUUCUCUACCCCCUGACAUCGACCAGCACCAGUUCUCGAAGUUCACGAACAUCUACUUCAAGAGCCACAUAUUCGGCAUGAAGAGGGAGCCGAUAAAGACGCCCUUCCUGGCCAAGGCCCGGGACCAGGACUACACGGACUCGCUGAUGAUCUUCAAGAUGAUCCUCAGGUUCAUGAACGAGAACAACCUGAGCGGCAAGCGGGAGCAGGCCCUCGGGGAUUACAUCGUUAACAAGGGGAUCGUCAAUGAGAAACUCCGAGACGAGAUUCUUUGUCAGCUGGCCAACCAGACCUGGAAGAACGAGAACGACGCCAACAAGGAGCGAGGCUGGCUCCUGCUCUCCAACUGUUUCUCCGCCUUCCAGCCGAGUCCUACGCUCUUCAAGUAUCUCUUGAAAUACGUCUCCGACCACGCGUACGACGGCUACAAGGCCUUCUGCCAGAGGAAGUUGCUGCAGACCGAGAGGACCCUCUUCAAAGUGACCAGCAAUGGUCAGCAAACCUCGUACCAAGUGCCUAGAAAUUAUCCUCCCUGCGUUCUGGAAUGGCGAGCCAACAGGAACCGCGUAAACAUGGCGCUGAGUGUCGGCUUCUACGACGGCGAGAUCACGACCUGCGCAAUAGACUCCUGGACCACCUGCGAGGAGCUGGCGAAUCUAGCCGUGGAAAACCACGGAGUGGAGAAUUCUGGAUGGACCAUCACCCUGUGGAACCAGCUCGAUGGUCCCGACGCGAUAGUCACGGAGACGAACGGAUUCGAUUACGUCCUGGACCUCAUCUCGGAAAUGGAACUGGCACCUGCGUUCCCGGCUGCCAAGCACAUGUUCCUGGAGCAGCGGAAGAACAGCUUCCCGGUGGUAAAGAAGCGAGAGCACGCGCAGGUGGUCCGAGAAUUGGAGCAGGAGAUAGAGCCCCCGGUGCUGAAGACGUUCCAGCCUCUGGAGAGGAAACCAGCACCCAAGGUGGUGGACAAACCGGUGGAGGCGGAAAUCCAGUCGCCCAGAAGACCGGCGGUGCCUCCACCUCAGCCACCGGUGUCCAAACUUCCGACGAGAAAGCAGUCUCACGAGGCGGUUCUAGAGACCUCGGAGACGGGUCUGUCCAGGAAGUCGGCCUUGAACGACCGUUACUUCGACAACGAGAAGCAGAGAAGUCGAAGUCUGGACAACCUCCUGCAGCCGGAAGUGGUCAGUUCGCCGAGCAAGCUGGCGACCCUGGGGCUCUCCUCCUCGAAGCUGAACGAGAGGUACCACAGCCUGGAGAGGAUCGGCGAGACCUCUGCGGUCAGCAACGUGGAGUACAUGACGAGGUCGGAGAUCGCCCAGGAGAGGAAGUACAGCAGGAUCAACAGGACCACCGAGCCCAACAUCGUCGAGGAGGAGGACCUGACCAUCGACUUCGAGUACCCCGACAUCCAGUCCGUUAGCCAAACUGGGAGAUCCGAGGACGACAAGAGCAGCUACAUCAUCAGGUCCCAAACCAGGUUCAUCAAGUCCCAGUAUCCAGGGAAGCGGGCACUCCCUGGGAGUCAGUCCAGUCGAGCCUACAUCGAGAAGAGUGAGUACGGUGGAGUAAAGUCUUCGGCAAUGUCGGACACCAGCGAGGCACCUUCCUUGGCGUCCCACGUGAGAAGGGUCAGGGUGCCGAGCCAGGCCAGCGACGUGGACCAGUUCCUGGACGAGCUCUUCAUGCCAGUCCUGGAUGGCAACCUGGACGAGCUCUCCGACGCGAGAAGUCUUGCGGCCAGCAUCAAAGGACUGCGGAUUUUGUCCUCGAAACUUGACCAAGAUCAAGGUCCUCCAGGGCCAGGGACCAUGGAGGAUUUCCUGGACGCCACGAUUAGGACUCCCUGGCUGGAGCACGUCCACCCUGAAGAGCUCAGCGCCAGGAUCAAGGGUGGUGGGAACAAAACCGGGCCUCACAGGAAUUUAAGGACCAAUCCGGACCCGGUUCCCGAGCUGGACCCUGGGGUCGUCAAGUGCAUGGAGGACUUCGUCAGCUCCGCGAUUGGUGGGCCCAACCUAUCAUCCUUGAGUCCCACGGAGAUCUCCAGCAGGAUCAAGGGCGGCGGCAGCAUGGACAUCCCUAACCAAAACGCAGCCUUUGGCUUCAACCCUCUGGCUCCUGGGAUGAUCCCUCCUCAGCUGAUGAUGCCCAUGUUCUCCCCUCAGUCGGUGCCACAGCAGGCGACCGCGAGUUUGGGCCUGAAUCAGGGAUUUGUUCCCAUCCCAAUCUAUAACACCCAGGGGCCCAGUAUUCCCCAGUACCCGAACUCACCUCCGGGGCCCAGCGACGAAAUGCUGGCCUAUCAGCAGAACCUGCAAAGGGCCUUCCUCCAGAGCGCCAUGGCCCAGAACAUCCAGAUUCAGCAGAAGCUUCUGGCCCAAAAUCAGGCCCUCCACCAACUGCUGGUCCAGAGUCCCCAGAAUUCGGGCCAGCAGCAACAGCAGCAGCAACCGGUGUCCUUCCGCGAGCCCGAGGACGGGGAGCUGUGGUCCACGGAGAAGAGGUCCAUGCCGGCGACGUCGACGCCGACUGUACAGAGACAGGAGACAGUGACGAUCAAGGCCCAGGUCCACAGGUCCCAAAGUCCCCCCAAAGCCGGGGACCCCUCCAGGAAACCCACGGGAGAGUUCACCAGGAGGCUCAGCACCGAGAGGAGGCCCGGGGAGAGGAAGUCCCCCCAGGACGCGAAGGGCAGAGCCAACGGGAGCAAAGGUUCCGCCCAGACAAACUUCACGAACGUCCUCAGCGAGCUGAAGAACAGGAAGAGCAGCGUCGAGAGCAACCCCCCGCUGUGUGUUAACAAGGGGGUGCCACCCCCGCCGCCGAUGCCUCCACCCCUGGAGUCGCACGACCCUUCGGAGUCGAGGCCCUUCCUCGACCCGUACGGCAGGGCGAAGACCGUCAGGAUCGGCAAGUGGAGGUGGCCGCCACCCUCGGACUCCGCCGAGGGCCAGGGCCUGGACAGCUUCAUCGAGUUCAAGUUGCGCCAGCAGCAUCACCUGAGGAAGAUCACCCCUCACUACCAGGAGUACCAGGAAGGGGACCAGGAAGGGGGGGUCGAGUGGGAGGAAUUCGAGAUCGAGAACAUCGUCGAGGAGAGGACCGUCGCCGGGGUCCGGCACGAGAACGGGUACAAGGAGGAGGGCGAGAAGAAGAAGAAGAAGUCCAAGUCGGGACUCGAGAUCGGGGCCCAGAGACCAUCGCCCGGGAGCAUCGGGAAGCUGAAGCUCAGCUCGGAGAUGAGGCAGAGGCUGGAGAAGGUGACGGCCAACCACAGCGUGAGGUCGACCAAGACCUCGGAGAAGCCGGCCCUCCCUCGGGAGGAUGGCAAGGUGAAGAGGCUCGAGGACAACCGGAAACUCCUCCUGGAGCAGCAAUUGGGUGGACGGUGGGACGACUACGCGUCGACGGCCGACGACACGCAGAGCGUCACCUCGAAGGGCACGACGGACAUGAUGACCCAGGCCCAAGUGGUCAGGACGCAGAUCGAGAGGAUGGAGCGACCGGUCCCACCUCCACCUCCCAUCAGCCCCCCGCAGCCCCCCAGUCCCCGGGGGGGUAGCACCUACAGCCAAAGCCAAUCCGGGGUGGCUCCUCCGACCCCCGUGGAGCCGAAGACGAGAGAGGCCUUCCACGCGUCGCCGACCUCCGACCUCUACGAGCACUACCCGAAGAGCCACUACCAGCGCGACGUCUACCCUGGCCAGGAGACGGACAAACCCCGCAGGACUGCCGAUAAGGCGAAGGACUUCUACGGGAAGGACAGCACGGACCUGGGGAGCUCGAUGCGCGACAGGAGCUCGGACUUCGACUCCAGGAGGGACACCUCCUCGGAGAUCUUCGAGCAGAAGUACGCCCGCGACCUGGGCUUCGAGCAGUCCAACGGCCGGGUGACCCCGAAGAGGGACGCCUUCGGCAUGGCCAGGGACGUUUCCCCCAGGUCCAGGGACAGCUUCGGGAUGCCCUCCACUCGAGAGUUCGGGGUGGUCCCGGACACGAGGGACUCCUUCGCCGCCACCAGGCAGACCUACAAGAAGAUCGACCCUGCGGACACCGAUCGACGAUCCAGCGUCGCCUCGACCCACAGGACCGACAAGCUGGAGAGGAUCGAGAUCGAGGAGUGGCCGGAGUUCCUCAGGCCCGUUUUACCCCCCGCCGAGAAGCCGGAGAUCGAGAAGGCCCAGGAGAUCGUGGACACCAAGCUGCACCUACCCACCUCUGGGGCCCACUUCGCGUACAAUCGGAUCAGCUGGAGCCUCAGGGUGAAGAAGGAGGUCUUCGCCCCCAACGAGACCCUGACCAGCCCUCUGGCUCUUCACCUCGUCUUCUGCCAGGUCGCCUACGACGUCCUCGCCACCUCCAGCAUCCGCAUCAGUAAGGAGGACCGCCAGAGCAUGCUCAAGAUGCUCGAUGGCUACGGGAUCACUCUGGAAAAUCUUCAAAGCACCCAACAUAAGAUCACCAUCAAGAAGAACAUCGUCGACAUGGCCAAACAGUGGCCCCUGUACUUCGCCAGGAUCUUCCCGGUCUCGAUCGGUCCUCAGCAUCCCGAGGCCCAGCACGUGGCGGUGUCACACCAUGGACUGCGACUUAUUAAAAGAACGUCCACCGGGGACCUCACCAUCCUGGAGACUCUCCCUCUCGAGGACAUCGUCUCCGUGGGGGCGGUCAGGGCCGGGGUGUGCACCUUGCAGAUCUCUUCGGGGGUUCGCCUCCCUCUACACACCCACAGGGCCCCCCAGCUCGCCGAGAUGAUCGGCAAGUACAUCCAACUGUCACAAUUGGUGACGCUAUCUGUACUGUUUUUGGAGAUAUUGCAGUUUCAUUCAACCAAUGCUGUAUUCGAAGCUGAUAUAGGUCAGCAGUUUUUCCCGGCUAGUAACAGGAAUGGUUUUUUAAUGUCAUCUCUGUCUAGCAUUGGGGCUAACCAGCUGAAGUUACUUCGUAAUCAUCAGCCAACAUCUAGGAUCCCUUUAAAUUUAAACCAUUCAUAUUUUGGUAUGGACGUGUAA